UUAUCUGUUUCCUAGAUUGUGCGUGAAGUGAAACUGUUAGCCAGCCUACAGCAUGCCAACGUGGUGAGGUACCACACAGCGUGGAUGGAGUACAGCAAUCCAGCCAUGACAAGUAACCGUUCUUCCAGUACCAGCUUACCUGUGCUGGAGACGUCUUAUCUUCAAGAUAUCCAGAACCUAAGGUCCCCUUACAUGUAUGCAGACAGCAACAGUAUUGUAUUCCAAGAGUCGGCAGCGAGUGACACUGAAGCCACCGUCCUAAAGAGACGGUCACUCUCGAAAGAGAGCAGUAGCUAUGACAUCAGUGUGGAGUCCUACUUACAAGACAAGGGAAAAUGGCAGCUUGGUUCUUCAGAUUCGGAUGAAAGUCUACCUGGGGUCAAAGAAAAGGAGGAUGAGCCAUGUCUUGUAGAUACAGAAGGCAAGACUCCUACUGAAGAUAUUGUCAGGCAUGUAUCAGAAAAAGAGCAUGUUAACAACAACGAAAAAUGCUCAGAACCUUUUAACCCCGGUGAAUGGAACUUAAACCCUCUUGAAAAAGAAGCACAAAACGCAGUUAAAGAAAGCAUGCAACAUUCUGAUGUUGUGCCAACUUCAGAAGGAGGAGCUUCUGGUAAAUCUCAGCCAGAUUUUGAUCAACCAGUAAGAAAGAGGGACUUCCAAACGGCAGCUUGUUACCGCGAGAACAGUGUGAGGUUAGGUACAGGAUUUGAGCAGGAGGUGCAUUUCGAGUCGGCCAGUUUCUCUAGUAGUAGUAGUGUGAGGCUUGGCCACAACCUACCAAGGGCAGUUGUUCCGUUUACCAGUACACCUAAAGACUCAGUAGAUGUACGUGUAAGGGGUAGCUUUACAGGACUGAGCAGCGUUCACUCAGAGAAAGACAAUGUACCCUGUCUUGUGGAUACAGAAAACAGGGCUACUGGUGGAGAGAUAAACAGGCAUGGUGAAGACUUACAACAGUUGUACAACAAGAGAAACAAAGAAAGUCCAGUUGACACUGUAGAAAGGGAAUCUGACAAAAGAAGUGAGAAAACCUCUGAACUGCUAGACACCAUACCAUGGGAUACUGCUGGCAAAGAAAGAGCUGACAACAAGAGUGAGAAAGAUUCCACGCUUUUGGACACCAUUCCUUGGGAGUCGUCUAGGAAAGAAGACAAGAAAAGCAGUCAGAAAACAUCCAGACUUCAAGACACCAUACCAUGGGAAACUCAUAGAAAAGACGAAACUGAUGAUGACAACAACAGUGAGAAAGCUUCAACACUUUUGGACACCAUUCCAUGGGAAACAACUAGGAAAGAGAACGACAGUCAGAAAACCAGCAAACGUCUGGACACCAUACCAUGGGAAUCUGAUAGAAAGGAAGGAACCAAGGAAAACAGACUGAGUGAAAGAGCAACAGAACUUCAGGACACCAUACCUUGGGAGACAUCUAGAAACAAAGGAUCUAACAAUGACUUUGAGGAAGUUUUCCUACUAGAGGACACAAUACAGUGGGAGACUCCCGAAAGAGGCAAAGAAGAAUCAGAAAAGAUUGACCAAACGUUGGAACUUGUGGGGAGUGUAAAACAGAAAUCCUGUGCAUCAGAAAGAGAGCUUGUCGACAACAAAGAAAAAAGCUCAGAACCUUUCAACGCUGUUGAAUUGGAAAAAAAUGGAAGAGCAGCACAAAGUGCGAUGAAAGAAGGCGAGCAACGUUCUUAUGUUGUACCACCUGUAGAAUUAGAAGCUUCCAGCAAAUCUCAGACAGAUUGCGAACAACCAGUGACAAGGAGAGACUUUCAAUUGGCAGCUUGUUACAGUGAGAGCAGUGUGAGGGUAGGUACAGGAUUUGAGCAGGAGAUACAUUUCGAGUCAGCCAAUUUCUCUAGUAGUAGUAGUGUGAGGCUAGGCCACAGCCUACCAGGGGCAGUUGUUCCGUUUACCAGUACACCUAAAGAUUCUGUAGAUGUACAUGUAAGGGGUGGUUUUACACCGUUGAGCAGUUUAAAGAGACAACACAGCUGGAACCAGGGAGCCAGGAACGGCCACACGGAGACUCACGUCUGCGGUGACAGGUGUAAGCUACGACUGAAGGGGCUGGCUGACUGUGAGCUCGUUGCUGAAGUGAGUAUUUGCUUGUUUGUUUGUUUGAUUUGUAUUACCGAUAAACUGCCAUUAGGCGUAAUACGCCUGCAGUGUUAUAAAGAAAGUAAAAGCUGCAUAAUUACCGGAUUGUGAGGUAUGAUCCACUAACACCGGAUUGGAUGUCUACUCUUUUCGAUAAUUC